AUGAGUACCUUGAGGGGUAAUGAAGGUGCCACUGUCACUCUUGACCUCCGCAGGGUUUGCAGAAUGCCCUUCACGGUUUUCCCAACAGUAAAUCCCGAGACACUGGACGAUAUGCUUCGUUCUAUUGGCACUUCCCAUGUUCAGUUCCAUGAGACCUUGGGGCUGGAACAGCCGCCAUGUCUGAAUCAUACCACGACUGUACACUGCCUGCUCGGCCAGACGUGCUUGGAUAGGGCUAUAGCUUCUCUAGGGUCUAAUUUUGAGUGCACGGUACAAGUAUUCUGUAUCCGACCCCUUUCACAAAGAUACACUGACGGUGAAAUUUAUCAAAAAGUCAGUCGGCAUAUGGGUACAAGCCGGCUGGGACUUGCAGAUCUGUGGCUAGAGCAUCUUCAAGAAGGUAAACGAAAGCAUCUCGCUUCGUUACUUGGUCACCGACAGAUUAUGGCGGCGAUGGGAAAUGUUCUCCCAUUUGCUGGCCUAUGGGAUGAAUUUCUCCUAGGAAACUGGGCCAAACAUCUCACAGCGCACUGUGACGACCUUAUUAAUCGUGGCAAUAUCGAAGAGGGGUUUAAAGAUAUGGAACCAUUCCCUCAUAUUAAGAAGAAGCUUGACAGAGUCACUUCAAAAAGAAAUAUUCUGUCGUUGGAUUGCACAAUCCCCAGCAUACGCACAUUUGGCGAAAAUAUGCGAUAUCUCACAAUUCCAGCAAAGAUCAUUGAAAGACUUGUUGAAAUGAAGCCAAUGCGCAGGCGAAUGCAAAAGCGCCUUGCACCGGUUGGCCAAGCAACACAGAGUUUAUUCGAGAAUUUGAGGAAGGACUGGAAGGCUCUAGGAGGGUUCUAUGAGGUAGCCGAAGGUCAAUUCUACAAGAUCAAGGACGGACCUUCACCAGAGCUCGCGUUUCUCCAGCUAUUUCUGGUAGCCUGGAGGAACUUUCCACGCUUAAGUACUGAGGCCCCUCCCCAAGAUACCAAGGGAGUUGGUAUGAUAGCCUUCGUGGAUAACGAAGAAGUUGCGCGGCUCUGUCAAGCUGCCUAUGUGCUCGGGUUCAGUAAUGCUAAAAUCAUGGAAAAGCUCAAGAUUAAUCCUGAAGUUAGAGCGCGUUCCAUGAGGCAUAAGAAGGCUAAGCUAACUAUCAGAACGCUGCGGUCGCUCAAGUUUUCGGCUUUCUACCCACAGCUUUUUCGCCAGUAUAAGCCAAGAAGAAACCCAGAACCUGUUUCCAUUCAAGCUGACAUUACGAAAGCUUUUUUUGGUGAAUGGAUUGGCAUUCUAGACUUUCAGGCCAGCUAUGCAAAUGCCUCGGACAAUCUGCCUCAGGACUCUGAUCAGCUUGUCCGUAGAAGACACAUGAGAGAGACCUUCAAAGGGAAUGGUUUAACAACAAGACUCGAAUUUUUUCAAUUUCUCAAAACUACAUAG